CAGACUGGACAGACAUAAAGAAAUUUGCAUUGAAAGGGGAUACACUUUCAAUGGAUCCAAAAGGCAUAGCUAUGCCAGUGACAUAUGAUGCACAUGAUGCAAACCCAAAAUGGGAGAGAUUGGAUCGUGAAGUCGUCAGGGAUCUGAUGAAAGCCGUUCGUGAUAAUGGAUUGGGGUCUCCAUACUUCAAACAACUUUUGAAAGGGACAUUUAAUAUUUAUGAUUUAACACCAUUUGACCUCCGAUCUCUUGCAACCAUGAUCCUAAGCGACUCACAAUUAAUUCUCUGGGAAGCAAAAUGGAGAAAAAUUUUAAAUGAUUACAGAAUCAAAUACCAAGGUGGGGCAAAUGCAGGCUUCACAGUGGCACAAUUGGCCGGUGAUCCACCACUUGACAGUGCAGCUCGUCAAGCCAGCUUUCUUCCUCGAGAUGUUCUGACACACAUCAAAGAUGCAGCCAGAAAGGCAAUGGUGCAGAUUCCACCAGCAGGAGUCACAGAAAGUCUUUUUACAGAUGUAAAGCAAGGUCCUUCAGAACCCUUCGCUUCAUUCAUCGAUCGUCUCACACAAGCAGUGGACAGGCAAGUCAUUGAUGAGGGAGUGAAGUCACAUUUGAUCCGGUGUCUUCCAUUUGCAAAUGCCAAUCCAGAAUGCAAGCGAGUCAUCAGUGCAAUGCCAGGCCAACCCACCAUGGCAGAAAUUCUAGAGGCAUGCAGCAAGGUGGGGACACCACAGCACGUUGCAACAAUUUUAGGAGAUCAAGUGGAAAAAGCUGUCAAAGAAGCAUUUGCAAAUUUUCAACAAAGACAGUGUUACAAGUGUGGCAAACCAGGGCAUUUCAAGAAGGACUGCCCACAAAUUACAAACAAUGCAGACUCAUCAGAUCAUUGUUUGGCAUGCGGGAGAAGGAAACGUCGUCCUGCAAGAAACAAUGCAAGUGGAGGAACUCAGUCGGGAAACUCCAGGAGGAGCGCGGAUUGUCAACGCGCGACGACACAAGUGAUGGCGAUGACUCAAGAGCAAGCUCCGCAAGGGGGACAAUCAUCGGGGAACAGCAUUCUGACACCCUCAGCAGGACAAUUUGUAGGAUCCCCAGCGAUCCAGAGUUAUUACCACCCGGGGCGCAAUGCGAUUUGGCAACUUCCAAAGUGAUAUGUUUUUUGGAUGACAAUUAUGCAGUGAUACCCACUGGUGUCACUGGAUCCUCGUGGAAGAGGCAGGACUUUCUAAUUAUAGGUAAGGACAGAAGCAGUGUUUUGGGACUUGUUAUUUACCCUUCUGUCAUUUCAGCAGAUCGCAAUGAUGAGUUGACAGUUUUAGCGAAGCCUCAUCAGCCACCAUUGAUCAUUCCCCCGAACACCUCAAUUGCCAGGGCAAUUGCAUUGCCACCCCAUGCUGCAGAACAAGUCUUGCCAGUGCUCCGGGAACAAGAUCCUCCUUCAGGCAUAGGGGGGAACACCUUGUGUCUGCAGAGUGAAGAUGCGAUUGUUGUCUCGGGGCCAGGAGGUAAGACUGCAAUCAUUCACCCAUUUGUUGUGCAAAGACCCAUCACAGUAUGGGGAAGGGACAUUUUAGUGCAAUGGGGCGUGAGGUUGGAAGUGGAUUUUUAGUGGGGGUCACUGUGGCACUCACCACUUUGAAACUGACCUGGAAAACAGACAAUCCUGUCUGGGUGGAUCAGUGGCCCCUUGAGAGGAAAAAAUUGAGUGCUCUCAAAAACUUGGUCAGGGAACAAUUGGAAAAGGGACACAUUGUACCGACAAACAGUCCCUGAAAUUCCCCAGUUUUUGUCGUUCGCAAGAAAGCCCCUGGCUCAUGGAGAUUGCUUCAUGAUCUCAGAAAAAUCAAUGAGGUCAUUGAGGAAAUUGGACCA